AUCAACAUGGCGUAUGACACAGCAAGCAAUAUCUGGUCUUACGCUGAGGCUAAACAAAAAUGCAGCGAGAAAUAUUCAUGCUUUGUUGAAAUAGAGACUCAAGAACACAUAACACUAUCUCCGUAUUAUAUUGGCCGCAUUAAACAAGGCAUUCAAGAACAAAUUGAACAUAAAAUACAACGCUGGAAAUUUCGUGAUGAUUAUGGUGGAAUAAUUGUUGCUUACGAUCAUAUAAAAUUACUGCAAAGAUCAGCCGAAGUUUUUGAUGAAUCUCCACUGCUUCACUUUGAUAUUAAAGUAAACUAUAUUAUAUUCAAACCAGAGGUUGGAAAAAAGUUAAUUGGCGUGGUAAAUAAGACGAGUUCCAGCCAUGUCGGCUGCCUAGUUCAUGGUAGGUUUAAUGCAUCGUUAGCUAAAUCAAGAUCGGGUAAGAAUGGCUGGAUUGGCAGUGAUUUAGUGAUAGGGAGUGAGUUUGUUUUUCGUGUGGGAGAUUUAAGAACUGUUGCAGGAGUGUUGUCUAUUGCGGGUCAUAUUAAGGAAAAAGACAUGAAGUAUAUCAAGCAGGGCCAGGGAAAUUUUGUGUCACUUGAUGACUCCGACAGCAGUGCUACACAAAAUCAUGGCGGGAAAAAUAAGUCACUUGAAGGAAAUUUCGAAGAAACUGAACUCAUCCAAGAGGCUCGUACAAAAGAAAAAACGAAACGUAAAAAAUACGAUGCCCAGUCUCAAAAUGACAUCAAAUCAGAAUCGGGGUCUGAAAGAAACGAUUCCUCAGUUAGAAAACGCAAAAAGGAAAAGUCAGAUAAUAAAUAGAUCGAUGUAUUGUAUAAUAUUCCAGGUUCUCAUUAAAU